AAAAGUGAACACUCGCAGAAUACAGAGUUUCCUCCGCUUCUCUCCCAACUCAACCAAAAAGAACGACACAAAUCAAUGACGUAGGAAUUUUCGAAAUUCAUCGGAAAUAGCGUUGCGUUUGCUGUCAUCCUGACACUUUGACAUCUUUUGAGUCUGUGAUCAAACCGGUUGACAAAAUUUCUAUAGAAUUCAAGUACUUUUGUAAAUUUUCUAAUUUUGCAUUCUGAGAGCACCAAAGCAACUUACCGGUUGGAUUUCUUUUGACAUUUCAUCAAAAUGGAAGCCUUCAAUCUAGUUAAUUCCCCAAAUCCAGAUGAGCCCGAUCAAUAUGGACCCAAUCAAAUGGAUGUAAAUGAGAUGCUCACGGCGAUUUUCCAGAAAUGCACGCCGCUCGAACGUCCGUACCUCCCUAGAUUCCCCAAGCAUGUGUUGCUGCCCCUCUGGGCCAGGCCAAAUUUCCCCAAAAUUACUUUAGGGCCGCGGGCCAGGUCCGCGCUGCCACCGAGGGGCGGACUGCAGAUGGGCCGCACGGAAAUAUGCCACAGGGUCCCCAAUAAAAUAGGCAACUUUCCCCCAGGACGCGUAUUCGCGGCCACCGUGCUGCACAUGAGCACACUCGACAGCACCUUGGUCGUGUCGGAGUGGGACUCCACCCUGGUCGAGUUCCUGUUCGUGGGAAAAAUCCCGCUGCAGGAGCUGGGGCAGCUGCCCAACUACGGCGAACUCUUUGCUGUCUAUAGCGCCGCGGAGAAAUCCUUUUCGCGUAUCGCCCUCUACGCUGGCACGGAUGGGGCAUAUGAGGCGUACCGGGUGGACUACGGCACCUACAUUCGCAUGACUGGCAUGGAACGAAUUUUUAAGCUACCGGAGGAUCUGCAAAAGCUGCCUGCGGAGGCGAUCCGAUGCUGUUUGGUCAACGUCAACAAUGCCGCCCAGGUGCCCGACUGCAGUAGCCAUGGCAUCAAGCUGGAAGUGCUCCACAACAAUGGGGCCGAGCUACUGGUGGACCACAUCAAACCCGAAAAAGCAAGCGAGGAGUCGGACGGGUCUGAGGAUUCGGGAGUGGGCGCAUCCUUUGAGCAAUCUGGAGCCGAGAGCCGCGUGCUGGGCAGCACUGCUCGCGUCCAAGUCAGCUUUGUCCAUUCCCCCAUCGAGUUUUAUGCCCAUUUUUUGGAGGGUCCUGUGCCGCCGGCCUGGAAGGAGGAGGAGGUGCCCAAGGGCACAUUUACAUUUCGCCCUUUGGAAGUUGUUCUGGCGAAAUAUGAGGACGGCUUGUACUAUCGUGCCAGGAUCAUGAGCAUGGUGAAGUGCGAGUGCCUCCUGUUCUACGUGGACUUUGGCUACUCCCAGUUCGCACUAGUGGACUCCUUGGUCCCGUGCUUCGAUGUGCAGAAGAUGAACGCCAGCUUGGCCGUGAAGUUCAAACUGGAGGGACUCCAAAUCCUAGAAUACCCGACCGAGAAGGGCGCUGAAGGCAUAGAGUACUUGACGGAGAAACUAGUCGGCCAGCAGAUUGAUGUUACUAUUACGGACUAUCAGCCACUCGAAGGCUAUUUGAUCCGCCUUCCGGAAGCACUAUCCGGCGUGCAGGAGCAACUAUUGGCGGAGGGAUAUGCAUUUCCAGAAUAAGGUGCACACGAAGCAUUUUGUUCGAACGAUAUUCAUACUUUCAUACUAGUUAUUGCAAUAAUUAUUGCCAAAUUACUUGAACAAAACAUUUCACGUGACAAACAAAUAAAACCGCCGGCA